AGCCCCGCCCCUUCCGGCGCCGCGCCCGCCCCCGUCCCGCCGCCUGUCCCCAGCCCGGCCCGGCGGUAAGAUGGCGGCGGCGGCUGAAUGCGAUGUGGUCAUGGCGGCGCCCGAUGGACCCGGCGAGCUGGAGAACGAGGAGGAGACGCGGAGAGAAGCAGAAUCAUUCAAGGAACAAGGAAACGCAUACUAUGCCAAGAAAGAUUACAACGAAGCGUACAACUACUACACAAAAGCCAUAGACACCUGUCCUAAUAAUGCCAGUUAUUAUGGUAACAGAGCUGCCACGCUCAUGAUGCUGGGGAGAUUCCGAGAAGCACUGGGAGACGCCCAGCAGUCUGUCAGAUUGGACGACAGCUUUGUAAGGGGCCAUCUCCGGGAAGGGAAGUGCCAUCUUUCCCUAGGGAAUGCCAUGGCUGCCAGUCGCUGCUUUCAACGAGUUUUAGAACUGGAUCAUAAGAAUACCCAGGCACAGCAAGAGCUGAAGAACGCCAGUACUGUGCUUGAGUAUGAAAAAAUAGCUGAAGUAGAUUUUGAGAAACGGGAUUUCAGGAAGGUUGUGUUUUGCAUGGAUCGUGCUUUGGAGUUUGCUCCGGCUUGUCACCGAUUCAAAAUCCUCAAGGCUGAAUGUUUAGCAUUAUUGGGUCGCUACCCAGAAGCACAGUCUGUAGCAAGUGACAUCUUACGAAUGGACUCAACAAAUGCUGAUGCUCUGUAUGUCCGUGGUCUCUGCCUUUAUUAUGAGGACUGUAUUGAGAAGGCAGUGCAGUUCUUUGUCCAGGCACUCAGAAUGGCUCCUGAUCACGAGAAAGCAUGUCUUGCCUGCCGUAAUGCCAAAGCACUUAAAGCAAAGAAAGAAGAUGGGAAUAAAGCAUUCAAAGAAGGAAACUACAAACUAGCGUAUGAACUAUACACAGAAGCACUAGGAAUAGAUCCAAAUAAUAUAAAAACAAAUGCCAAACUCUACUGCAACCGAGGGACGGUUAAUUCAAAGCUUAGGAAACUCGAAGAAGCAAUAGAUGACUGCACGAACGCAGUAAAACUGGAUGACACGUAUAUCAAAGCGUACUUGAGGAGAGCACAGUGUUACAUGGACACAGAACAAUAUGAAGAUGCUGUAAGAGACUAUGAAAAGGUUUAUCAGACAGAAAAAACGAAAGAACACAAGCAACUUCUCAAGAACGCACAGGUGGAACUAAAAAAGAGCAAACGGAAAGACUAUUAUAAAAUCCUUGGGGUUGACAAAAAUGCCUCUGAAGAUGAGAUCAAGAAGGCUUACAGGAAAAGAGCACUAAUGCAUCAUCCAGACCGACACAGUGGGGCAAGCGCAGAAGUACAGAAGGAAGAGGAGAAGAAAUUUAAGGAAGUUGGUGAAGCAUUUACCAUCCUGUCAGAUCCCAAGAAGAAGGCCCGCUAUGACAGUGGGCAGGAUCUAGAAGAGGAUGGAUUGAACAUGGGAGACUUCGAUGCAAAUAAUAUCUUCAAGGCCUUCUUUGGUGGGCCAGGUGGCUUCAGUUUUGAAGCUUCUGGGCCUGGAAAUUUCUUUUUCCAGUUUGGCUAAAAAAAAACAAA